AUGUAUUGGAAGAGAGUUGAGCUACUCGACUUUCCAUAUAAGCCUCUGCCGCCGCCGCCACCGCCGCCGCCGAGCUCAAGCUCUGAAUGCCCGCCGCCGCCUUCGCCACCGAGCUCCGGUUACUACUACUCAUCGCCACCGCCUCCAUCAUCAUCCGGCUCGGGGACCAUCUCUUACGCUUCACCGCCACCACCCUAUGGCGGCGGCGGUGGUGGUGGUGGUGGAGGGUACUAUAAGGCGCCGCCGCCGCCGAACCCUAUACUACCGUACUUCCCGUACUACUUCUACAACCCCCCGCCGCCGCCGUCGAAGUACGUUUCCCUUUCGCUUGCUCACCGUGCGAUUCCCGUUUCCCUUAUCGCCCUCUUCUUCUCGUCGGGCUCUUGGCCUGGUGCGUCUCGUGAUCAGGGUUAUCGGGUUUCGGGUUUUUCGGAUCUGGGAUCCGGAUCCGGUUAA